CAGUCAAAAGCUUAAACUUAAAUAGCAAUAAUAAACAAUAAAUAAUGACGUGUGUUUUCGUUUUCAGUUUGUCAUGUUGUACUAUAAAUAACAAUUUAAAGCGGGACUUAUCAUAAAAUUGUCAUUAAUUUUUAGAAUGCAAAGUUACCCUAAUUUAUAUUUAAUUAGAUGACGUUAACUUUCUCAGAUGUACUAAUUUUUUUCGUUUUGUGCACUUGUGUCCCUUUGCAAUAUUUUCUCGUCAAUAAUUGGGGAAAUGUCGAAUCGAGUCGGUCAUAUGCUAUAAAUAAAUUAAUUACCCGCAUCACCAACUUCUAUGAUGAAUAUCUGACUUUAGAAUCUUGGAAGAAAUGGGUUUCCAAUCUAUUGGACAUUGAUUAUGGAGCUGCUGAUACCAGUUUAGUUUUAGAUGAUUUGGGAGAGUCUCCUGCUCUAGAAGUACUACGGUUCAAACAAAAAGAUGGUUAUUUUGGUUUUUCUCAAGAACCGAGGCUCUUGAGGCAUCCCAAUGUUAAAUAUCGUGUUGGUCAAGUUGUACGACACAGAAAAUGGAACUAUAGAGGUGUAAUAAUUGGAUGGGAUGAAAAGGCUCGAGCACCAAUUGAAUGGCUGGAACAAAUGCACGGAAAAGAAAACCCUCAUUGGCGUGAUAUGCCCAAUUAUUCUAUUCUGGUUGAUACAAGAGAUAGGUUAAUUCCUCAGUUAACUUACGUGCCUCAAGAAAAUAUUGAAAUUAUUACAGAUACACAGGUAAUCCAUCCAAUGAUUGAACUUCAUUUUGAGCGUUUUGACGGCAUUCGAUACCUUCCACGCCCAUGGUUCCAAGCUGUUUACCCUCAAGACUGACAAAACAUUUUAUACUUGUGAUAAAAUUGCUAUAUUUGAUGGCUACUUAAAAGCAGUUCUUAAACAGAGAAAAUUAUUUUUUUAAAAUUAGCUUUUAGUGUCAUUGGUAUGAAAAUCAAAUUUCUUUAUAAAGUAAAAAUUUUUUUUGUUGCUGAAUCUUAAUCCUUAGAUAUAGUUUUUGCUAAAAAAGUUUCAGUUUAAUCACAGAUUAGUACAAAUGCCAAAUUUAAAUGUUGACUAAAUAAACUGUAGUUAAAAGAUGCAUUUUGAUUUGUUUUGAACAAAAUCAAUGCAAUCUUUCUUCAAAUUUAAUUAUAGAAUGACAAAACACUUCACUCAAUUCAUAUUAUGUUAAAUUUUUUAUUUGUGUAAAUAAAUGUGCAUAUUUAUAUGUA